CGAUGGGCCCAGAGGCGUCGGGGGGUCUUCCAGAGCAGGGUGGGUGGGGGCUUUCACCACGUGGCUUCGCCUUUUUUUUUUUUUUUCCGCUCCAUUUUUUUUCAAGUCGAUUUUAUUUAGAGGCGGCGCCAGGGCGGCCGCGGAGAAACGUGACACACCAGCCCGCUCGGAGGGGUUUCGGACAGAAGGGAAGGAGCCGCGCCGCGUCGUCCGCCUCCCAGCGCGCCGCGGGCACUUCUCCCGGGCCUCCCCGAACUCUCCCGCGACCUCUGCGCGCCCUCAGGCCGCCCUCCCCGCCGCGGGCUCCGGACAACUUCAGGGGUGGGGUGCGAAGAAAGUUUGCGGCUGCUGCCUCCGGCCUCCCGCCUCUCGGCCUAGGAGGCUCGCCGCCCGCGCCCGCCCGCUCGGCCUUGCCAGGGACCGCGUCCCGCCCCGAGACCGCCACCAUGAACAAGCUGUACAUCGGCAACCUCAACGAGAGCGUGACCCCCGCGGACUUGGAGAAAGUGUUUGCGGAGCACAAGAUCUCCUACAGCGGCCAGUUCUUGGUCAAAUCCGGCUAUGCCUUCGUGGACUGCCCCGACGAGCACUGGGCGAUGAAGGCCAUCGAAACUUUCUCCGGGAAAGUCGAAUUGCAAGGAAAACGCCUAGAGAUUGAACACUCGGUCCCCAAAAAACAAAGGAGUCGGAAAAUUCAGAUUCGAAAUAUCCCACCCCAGCUCCGUUGGGAAGUGCUGGACAGCCUGCUUGCUCAGUACGGUACAGUGGAGAACUGCGAGCAAGUGAACACCGAGAGUGAGACGGCGGUGGUGAAUGUCACCUAUUCCAACCGGGAACAGACCAGGCAAGCCAUCAUGAAGCUGAAUGGCCACCAGCUGGAGAACCACGCCUUGAAGGUCUCCUACAUUCCUGAUGAGCAGAUAGCACAGGGUCCUGAGAAUGGGCGUCGAGGCGGCUUUGGCUCUCGGGGUCAGCCCCGCCAGGGCUCCCCUGUGGCAGCGGGGGCCCCAGCCAAGCAGCAGCAAGUGGAUAUCCCCCUGCGGCUCCUGGUUCCCACCCAGUAUGUGGGUGCCAUCAUCGGCAAGGAGGGGGCCACCAUACGAAACAUCACGAAACAGACCCAGUCCAAGAUAGACGUGCACAGGAAAGAGAACGCAGGUGCUGCGGAGAAGGCCAUCAGCGUCCACUCGACCCCGGAGGGCUGCUCGUCUGCCUGUAAGAUGAUCUUGGAGAUCAUGCACAAGGAAGCCAAGGACACCAAAACGGCUGAUGAGGUUCCCCUGAAGAUCCUGGCCCAUAAUAACUUUGUGGGGCGUCUCAUUGGCAAGGAAGGGCGCAAUCUGAAGAAAGUAGAGCAGGACACAGAGACGAAGAUCACCAUCUCCUCGUUGCAGGACCUCACCCUCUAUAAUCCCGAGAGGACCAUCACCGUGAAGGGCGCCAUCGAGAACUGCUGCAGGGCCGAGCAGGAGAUCAUGAAGAAGGUUCGGGAGGCCUAUGAGAACGACGUGGCUGCCAUGAGUCUGCAGUCACAUCUCAUACCCGGCCUGAACCUGGCGGCCGUAGGUCUUUUUCCAGCUUCGUCCAGCGCGGUCCCGCCACCUCCCAGCAGCGUCACUGGGGCUGCUCCCUACAGCUCCUUUAUGCAGGCCCCGGAGCAGGAGACGGUGCAGGUGUUCAUCCCAGCGCAGGCGGUGGGGGCCAUCAUCGGGAAGAAGGGACAGCACAUCAAACAGCUCUCGCGCUUCGCCAGCGCCUCCAUUAAGAUUGCUCCUCCUGAAACUCCUGACUCCAAAGUUCGUAUGGUCAUCAUCACUGGACCCCCAGAAGCCCAAUUUAAGGCUCAGGGAAGAAUCUAUGGAAAACUCAAGGAGGAGAACUUCUUUGGUCCCAAGGAGGAAGUGAAGCUAGAGACCCACAUCCGGGUGCCGGCGUCCGCUGCUGGCAGAGUCAUUGGCAAAGGUGGCAAAACGGUAAAUGAGUUGCAGAAUUUGACAGCGGCCGAGGUGGUGGUGCCAAGAGACCAGACUCCGGAUGAGAAUGACCAGGUCAUCGUCAAGAUCAUUGGGCAUUUUUAUGCCAGCCAGAUGGCACAGAGGAAGAUACGAGACAUCCUGGCCCAAGUUAAACAGCUGCACCAAAAGGGACAGAGUAACCAGGCCCAGGCACGGAGGAAGUGACCAGCCCCUCCCUAUCACAUCGACUCAAGGACAACGGGCUGAAGUCGAGAGCGCGUUCUCCCCAGCAGGCCUGAGAAUGAGUGGGAAUCAGGGACACUUGGGCCGGGAUGUAGAUCAGGUUUGCCCACUUGCUUGAGAAAAGACGUUCCAGUGAGGAACCCUGAUCCCUCGGCCCCACACGCCCAACCAAUUGGCCCGACACUGCCCACCCCUCAGGGUGUCACCAUGGCGAUUCUAGCUCAGGGUGCUUUUAAACGUGGAUUGUUGAAGUAAGUUCUCCAGGUCCCACCGAGAGGGUGGGUCAGACCCCAGUGGGAAGAGAAAUAAAAUUUCCUUCAGGUUUUUUCAAUCACUUAAGAGGGGUGUUUCAAUCAGCCUCAAAGGAUGGUUUGCUUCUUGACCCUAAAAUCCUUCCAGCCUUCUCCUACUUGGUCCAUUGAUUAAAAUACCUCUAUUCUCAUGCCCUGACAUAGCCUGUUCCUGUACAGCCUUUUUCUAUAGUCACACGGAUUGUUUUAUCUGUACUGCUACCAGAAAAAGUGGGAACCAGUGCACUGCUUUGCUUAUGUUACUGAUUCAAAGGAGAAGACACACCAGCAUCUGUAGUCUAAUUCCGCUCCUUCCCUAACCAACCGAUAGGAACAGCAAGGAAUAAAGAAUGGGGGGGAAAUACGAUUAAAAUAUAUAGUAAUCCACGUUUAAAAGGAGUGCCCUUACGGCUGGUCUAGUUCAGAUCACCGGGGUGAAAAAUUGGCGUGAUUAAAAUUUUCUCCACUUGGUCGGGACGUCCCCACCAAGAUUCCCUGCCCCAUUCGUGUCCUUCUCCCCAUCUAGGUGCACAUGGGUGGUACUGAAUGCUCAGCGGGAUAGGGGCUGACCAUUGUACUAUCCCUGAUUCCCAUCAUUCUCAGGCAGAUUUUAUAUUUUUUUAAAGUCUAUUUUAAUGAUUGGAUAUGAGCACUGGGAAGGGGACAUGACUCCCCUUGAUAAAGUCUCAGUUCCAUGGAGGACUUGAGUGGCCCCAAAGGCUGCCACUGUGCCCUCACUCCAGCCCAUGUGCUCCUAUAAGGGCUGGUUCCCAGAGGUAGGGGUUGUGGGGCACUCCCCCUCCACGGCACUGUUCCCUUGGUGGUGGUGGGAUGUGGAACCCAACCCUGAGCUUCCAGUAAAGCUAAAGCCCAUCAUCUGGCAUGUAGUACGAAUAUUCAGUACAUUGGAGAGUAUUUGCUUCUGUUUUUAUCCUAGAGGCCUAUUUAACCGAUGGCUUCUGCCUCUGUGAAUCAUUGGCACGACAAGAGUUGUGCCUGAGAACAGAAUUCAAAAUACCAGCAGCGUUAUGCACAAAGGGGUAAAUAAGCUUAAUUUAUUAAUUUACCAGGCUCAAUAAGAUCCCGUUGGAAGUUCAGCGCUUGUAGAAGACGGCAGCCAUCAGUUAAAUGAGGUUAGGCCUCCCCUCCGAAUAUACUGAUUGUCAAUGCAUAUUAGCCAGGUGGUGCACUUUAGCUACCUUGGACAAUGCUAUCAAGUGUGCUGGGAAGGGAGGAAGGCCUCUCUGCAUGUGGAAGAGCCCAUGCGUGGCCUCCCGUCCUUCCAACACUGCAACCACGACAGUAGUAAUCACGAGACAACCAUGACACCUGGGCGGAGUCAGUCAGGUAAUGCUGUGCGCGAAGUAAACUACCUCAAGGUAUGAAGUUACCUCAGCAAUUACUUUCCUUUUUGUUCCCCCACCUUUUUUUUUAACCUUUUUUUUUCUUUGCGGCUUGCUGAUAUUUUAUAUAAAAAAAGAAGAGCAAAGCA